AAAAUGAGGAGAUUUUGUCUUUUAAUCACACUCGUCUUCUGUUCAAUUGUGAGAACACAUCAAUAAACAAUCAACAUGGUUUACAAGCUAAUCAUCUUCUCCGCCCUCUUCAUGUCCGCCAUGUGCUCGUUCCUGCACCCAGCGCCCAUCCCGAUCUUUCUUGAAACUUACCAAGAGCCACCGAAGCCAUACGACUUCUCUUACGAGGUGAACGACCCCCACACUGGUGACGUUAAAUCCCAACAAGAGAGCAAGCGUGGUGAUACAGUCCUCGGCCAAUACUCGGUCAUCCAGCCCGAUGGAAUCAGAAGAACUGUUGACUACCAGGCCAAUGAUUUAACUGGUUUCUUAGCAACCGUCAACAACCAAAGGCCACAGGUGAACCAGCGCCAAGAACAGUACCAGGAAGAAUCUACUCGCCCAACUACCGCCAGCUCUGGAAGCAACGAUGGCCAAGCCAGCCAAGGAUGGCCAAGCCCCAGCUCAACCCCGCCAACUAUUUCUUUCUCCUCUGUUCUUCACCCCUACCAAAACAACUUGUGGCUUUAUUCAUUAGGUAAGCCAACUAAAGUGGGCUCAGACCACCUUUCAUUUACAAAGUGCGUGUUCCUUUUCGCCCUGUUGGCCGCCGCCAGCGCCGCUGAUUUCUCCAGCUUCUCUUACGGAGUAGCAGACCCUUACACUGGUGACUUCAAGCACCAGUUCGAGACCCGCGCUGGUGACCGGGUGCAGGGACAAUACGGUCUUUUGGAAUCCGACGGCACCCAGCGGACGGUCGACUACACCGCUGGCGCUGAGGGCUUCAACGCUCUUUUAAACAAACACCUCAAAAUGGCAGCUAAGUUCUUCGUCCUCGCCGUCUUAGUAGCUGCUGCCCAGGGCAGCGCUAUCCAUGGAGACUACACAAGCUUCUCCUAUGGAGUGUCUGACCCCCACACCGGUGAUGUCAAGAGCCAGCACGAGACCCGUGUCGGCGACAACGUGGUCGGCCAAUACUCCCUCUUGGAGUCUGAUGGCACCCGCCGUACCGUAGACUACGCCGCUGACGCUCACUCUGGAUUCAACGCUGUCGUCCGCAAAGACCCAGCCCUGAUCGGUCACGUUGCCCAUGCUCCCGCUGUUGUCGCCGUUCCCGUGGCCCACGCCGCUCCCGCCGCGUACGCCGCAUACGCCCCAGCGGCUUACGCUGCCCGUGUUGCCCCAGUAGCCGUCGCUCACGCCGCCCCCGUGGCUGUUGCAGGCCCAUCCGUGUCCUACUCCGCUCACUCUACCUCAGUGGCUCAUGGAGGAGUCGUCGCUCACGCCGCUCCCCUCGCCUACGCCGCUGGUCCCCUCGCUCACGGCGCCGCUUACGCCGCUCCCCUCGCUCACGGCUACGGAGCUGCCUAUGCCGCCCCCCUGGCCCAUGGAUACGGCGCUCACGGCCUUGGCGCUCACGGACUCGGCUUACAUUACUAAACACUGACCUAGGAACUAAUUUAUGUAACUACGUAUUUAAUAAUUCUGACGAUAUGUUAUGAAUGAAACUGCUGUGAUGUGAAAUAAAUGUGUAAAGUUUUAUUGUGUACAUAA